AUGACUGAAUUUAAAGAUAACUUUAUGUAUAUCAAUAAUAUGAUGAAUGAUUUUCAUGUAGAAUAUUUUAAAAAUGUUAUUAUGAAAUCAAAACGUUUUCUAUCUUUGUUAUUGUUAACAUAUAAUGAAAAAUGUAAUACAAAUAUAAAUGAAGAUUUAUUAAUUGAACAAUUAAAUAUUGUUACAAAAGAAUUAAAUGUAUAUGAUAUUAAAUUUAGUCCUAUAGUUGAAUCUUAUUCUAAUGAUUUUUCAUGUGGUACACCUCAUCGACUACAAAGUUUAGAAGGUGGAUAUUUGUUAGAAAAGCAAAUUUUUGGUACUAUUAAAUAUAAUUUUUGGUAUGAUGAUAGUUGUUGUCAAUUGAUAUUUGAUAAAAAUACAUGGUUAUCAUCAACAAAUAGUUGUUUAUUUACAAGUGAUAUAUUAGCAAAAUUCGAAUGUAUGAGUAAUGAAAAUCGAAAAUUUCGUAGAAAUAUUGAAAAUAUACAAUUUUUUGGAAUGGAACAUCGUAUUAAUGGAUUAUUUACAUAUGAAUAA